UCUGUUCUGUGAGCGCUCAGCCAGGUCUGUUCUGUGAGCGCUCAGCCAGGUCUGUUCUGUGAGCGCUCAGCCAGGUCUGUUCUGUGAGCGCUCAGCCAGGUUGUUUGGAAUUUGGGCGGGACGAAGAAGGAGCUGACGAGCUCGGACUUCUCGCCCCGCAGCCCUGGAAGACGUUCCAAGGGUGUUAGGGGCCCGACUUUUCGGGGCCCAAUCUGGGAGGAGAAAGAUCCGGACUAACGGCACCUCUGUCUGUAUUUUUGGCUUUCAGAGGGCCCCGGACCUUUGCCACCUCCAUCUGACUUUUUGCUUUCAGUUUGGUACCAAAGCCGUGCAGCACGCCUGUCUGUUGUUUGUUUGACUGUUGGUGUUGUUUGUUUUCUCUGUGUUCUAAUCUUCCUUAGAACUAACAUGGGACAGUCCCUAACAAUGCCCCUAAGUCUCACUCUUGAUCAUUGGGAAGACGUCCACGACCGGGCACACAACCAGUCCGUCGAGGUUAAAAAAAAAAAAGGAAAAGGGCAGACUCUCUACACAUCCGAGUGGCCCACUUUCGGAGCAGGAUGGCCAGUGAAUGACACAUUUAAUAAGAUCAUUAUUUUACAGGUUAAAGAUCGGGUCGUCCACGGACAUCCUGACCAGGUUUCUUAUAUUAUCACUUGAGAGAGUCUCGCCUUAAAACCCUCCCCCUGGGCGGAACCCUUCGUGGACCCGAAUUGGCCUCCCCUCAACCCCCAGCCUGUCCCCUCGGCCCCGCCCGGUCUGCCGGCCACGUCUUCCUCUCUCUACCUUUGUGAAAUCAGAGCCUUCUAAGAAACCUGUCCUCCUGGCAGACCCAAACUCCCCUCUCAUAGAUCUUCUCUCUGACAGGCCCGGCUAAAACGGAGGAGGCAGAGCCGCCGGCCAGAUCAGUUGCCGGGCCACAGUCUGAUAAGGGUUUCUCCCCUGUCGCAGGGAGAUUGCACAAUAAGCGAGAGGUGAUGCCAGAUUUCAACCUCCCAGGCUUUCCCACCUAGACAGGGAACCGGUGGCCAGACCCAAUACUGGCCGUUUUCAGCAGCUGACAUUUACAAUUGGAAACAACACAACCCUUCUUUCUCCAAAGAUCCGGUGACACUCACCGACCUAAUAGAAUCUGUUUUACUUACCCACCAGCCUACUUGGGAUGACUGCCAACAGCUCUUACAGGCCCUCUUAACCUCAAGAAAAAAAAAAAAAAAAAACAAGGAGUGUUCCUAGAGGCCAGAAAGCAUGUUCUGGGAGAUGAUGGGCGUCCCACCCAGCUGCCUAAAAAAAUUGAUGCUACAUUCCCACUUAAGAGACCAAACUGGGAUUUUAAUACAGCUGAAGGUAAGGGACACCUACGCCUUUAUCGCCAGUUGCUUCUAGCGGGUCUCCGAGGGGCUAUACGACGCCCUACUAAUUUGGCUCAGGUAAAACAGGUAUUACAGGAAGCAGGGGAAACUCCCUCCGCCUUUCUAGAGAGACUUAAGGAGGCCUACCGUAUGUACACUCCCUAUGACCCAGAUGACCCAGGACAAAUGACGAGUGUCUCUAUGUCCUUCAUCUGGCAGGCUGCUCCAGAUAUCAGGACUAAGUUACAGAGGUUAGAAAAUUUACAGGGCUAUACAUUACAGGAUUUACUUAAAGAAGCUGAAAAGAUUUUUAAUAAGAGAGAGAUAAAAAAAAAAAAAAACAAAGAAUUGAGUCGAAUCUUGGCCGCCGUAGUUCAGGGCCAAGAAAGGAAGGGAGAUAGGGGGGGAGCUCGAAAGGGGCUGAAGCUAGAUAAAGAUCAAUGUGGCUAUUACAAAGAGAAAGGGCACUGGGCCAGAGAGUGCCCCAAGAAGCCUGGCGGACCCCGAAAGCCUCGACCACAAACCUCCCUCUUGGCUCUAGAUAAAGAUUAGGGAGGUCAGGGCCAGGAGCCCCCCCCUGAGCCCAGGGUAACGCUUAAAGUUGGGGGGCAGCCGGUUACUUUCCUGGUAGACACAGGAGCCCAGCAUUCAGUCCUCACCCAAGCUUCAGGACAACUCAGCGACCGGACGGCCUGGGUACAAAGAGCUACUGGUGAGAAACAAUACCGAUGGACUACGGACCGCCGGGUUCAGCUGGCUACCGGUAAGGUGACCCAUUCCUUCUUACAUGUUCCGGACUGCCCGUACCCUCUGCUGGGCCUUGACCUGCUCACCAAACUAAAAGCACAAAUUCAUUUUGAGGAAGGAGGGGCCCAAAUAACUGGCCCCCACGGAACUCCCCUUCAAGUUCUAACCCUAUGAACCGGGACAGGACACUGGCUUGGGCAGAGACUGGUGGGAUGGGGUUGGCGCUCCAACAGCCCCCCUUAAUUACAACUCCAGUCUCCAUAAAACAAUACCCCCUGUCACAUAAAGCUUAUCAAGGUAUAAGGCUUCACAUUACGAGGCUUCUAGAUCAAGGCAUCCUAGUCCCCUGCCGGUCGCCUUGGAAUACGCCUCUUCUGCCUGUUAAGAAACCCGACACUGGAGAUUAUAGGCCAAUACAAGACUUGAGAAAGGUCAACAAGAGGAUAGAAGAUAUUCAUCCGACUGUUCCAAACCCUUACAAUUUGCUCAGUAACUGUUCAUCGAUGAGAAACAGGGGUAUGCUAAAGGGGUCCUAACACAAAGGUUGGGACUCUGAAAACGCCCUGUGGCCUACCUGUCUAAGAAAUUGGACCCUGUGGCCUCCGGCUGGCCACCGUGCCUAAGGAUGGUGGCUGCUAUUGCUGUCCUGAUCAAGGACGCUGGAAAAUUGACUUUGGGACAGCCACUCACCAUCCUAACACCCCACGCAGUGGAGGCCUUGGUAAAGCAGCCCCCAGACCGCUGGCUCUCUAAUUCCCACAUGACCCACUACCAAGCCUUGUUACUGGAUGCAGAACGGGUUCAGUUUGGGCCCAUAGUCGCCCUCAAUCCUGCCACCUUGCUUCCUCUACCAGAGGAGACAAAACAGCAUGACUGCCUACACAGAUGACAACAGCUUCUUGGCAGAGGGAGAGCGAAAGGCUGGAGCUGCGGUCACUACGGAGGACAAAGUGAUUUGGGCGAAAGCCCUGCCUGCUGGUACCUCCGCACAACGGGCUGAACUCAUCGCCUUGACUCAGGCGCUCAAGAUGACAAAAGGACACCAGAAAGGACACAACCCAGAGGCACGAGGAAACCGGCUGGCCGAUGCCACGGCGCGAGAAGCGGCCAUGAACAAACAAAUCUUGCCCUUAAAUAGCCCAGACCAACCCACGCCCCCACCAGUGGGACAAACCAGUUGGGUUUAUGCCCAUGAGGACAUAGAGCUCCUAAAAAAAAAUGGGGGCCAUCUACCACCCUCAACUAAAACAGUGGGUCUACAAAGGACUUUUGAAUUGAUCUCCUUUUUACAUAAAUUAACCCAUUUGGGGUUUAAGAAGAUAAAAACCUUACUAGAUUGGGAAGAGAUAAAUCUGUGUUUUUUGAAUCGGGACAAAGCGAUACAAAAGGUGACUGAGAGUUACAAAGCGUGCGCUCAGGUUAACCCGAAAAAGACCAUGAUUGGACAAGGAGUUCGUCCUAGGGGACACCGUCCCGACAUCCAUUGAGAAAUUGAUUUUACUGAAAUUAAACCAGGUACAAGUAUCUCCUAGUGUUUGUAGACACCUUCUCAGGAUGGGUCAAAGCCUUCCCCACGAAGCACGAGACUACAAAAAUGGUCACCAAGAAGCUCCUCGAGGAAAUCUUUCCCAGGUAUGGCAUGCCUCAAGCGUUGGGGUCGGACAACGGGCCCGCUUUCGUCUCCCAAGUAAGUCAGUUGGUGGCCAAAUUGCUGGGGAUUGAUUGAAAAUUACAUUGUGCCUAUAGACCCCAGAGUUCAGGUCAGGUAGAACGCAUGAAUAGAACAAUUAAGGAGACUUUAUCCAAACUUACGCUUACAACUGGCUCAAAGGAUUGGGUGGCCCUCCUUCCCCUAGUUCUAUAUCGGGCCCGGAAUACCCCGGGCCCCCAUGGUCUAACUCCUUUUGAAAUAAUGUAUGGAACAUCACCCCCAUUUGUCCAUUUCUUUGAUUCAAACAUUGCUGAUUUUGCUGACAGCCCUUCUCUGAGGGCCCAUUUACAGGCCCUACAGAUUGUGCAGAGAGACGUCUGGGGACCUUUGGCCGCUGCUUACCAGGACAAGCUUGAGCAUCCGGUGGUGCCACACCCGUUCCAGAUUGGAGACACCGUGUGGGUACACAGACACCAGACCAAGAAUCUCAAGCCACGGUAGAAAGGACCCUACACCGUCCUCCUGACUACCCCGACCGCCCUAAAGGUAGACGGAGUCUCGACUUAGAUCCACGCACCACACUUCAAGACAGUCCGGUCUGAGGAAUUGACUAAUCACAACACUACACCCCAGACAUGGAGAGUUCAGCGCACUCCAAACCCCUUAAAGUUAAAACUCCUACGUGGCUCCUCCUAGCCCUUUUGUGGCCUAGAGUCAGUGGGGAAUAAGCCCCCACCAGACAGAAAUUUCUUGACCAAGUCGAGUGAAAGAUUUCACUCAAAGUUAGCAAAAAAAUGGGGGAAUGAAAGACCCCAGCUUAGCAGCAGUAACGCCAUUUUGCAAGGCUGUACUUAAGAUGACUAGUUCAGGGAAAGGUUAGAACACUGAGUACACAGCAGCUGCCAAGCAGGAUGUGUUUGGUUGAAGGCCUGGCAACAGGACGACUUCGGUUGAGCACCUGACAAUGAAAAAAAGCCCCGGGAGAGGUCCCACACCCUGGUGGGGGGCCGAGUCAGUCGUUAUGUUCCAAGAAGGUAGCUAAGAAACUUGCCCCCGGGCUGAACCCUUGGGGGGCCGAGUCAGCCGUUAUGUUUCAGGAAGGUAGCUAGGAAACUUGCCCCCGGGCUAAACCCUUGCCAUAUUAGAAUCCACCAAUUAUAUCCCUGUAACCAUGCAUCUGCUUCUGUAUGCUUGCUUCUGCUCCCCAAAAUCCUAUAAAAGCCCAUCCUUGGUUCCGUGGGGCGCGCCAGUCCCCCGAGUGACUGAAGCGCCCGCAGGUGCCUGUGCCUGUGUAUCCCAUCAAUAAACCAAAUCCUCUUGCU